AUGAGGAUGGCAAACAUCAAUAUGACUUCUGAAAACUACUUCAUCCUAAAAGGGUUUUCUAAUUGGCCCCACCUGGAAGCAGUUCUCUUCGUGGUCAUCUUGAUCUUCUACUUGAUGACACUGAUAGGAAACCUGUUCAUCAUCAUCCUGGCAUACCUGGAUUCCCACCUCCACACUCCCAUGUACUUCUUCCUCUCAAACCUCUCUGUUCUGGAUCUCUGCUACACCACCAGCUCCAUCCCCCAGUUGCUGUUCAACCUCUGGGGCCCAGACAAGACCAUUUCUUAUGCUGGUUGCUUGGUCCAACUUUACUUUGUUCUUGCUCUGGGAACCACAGAGUGUGUUUUAUUGAUGGUGAUGUCCUACGACCGCUAUGCAGCUGUGUGCAAACCCCUGCAUUACACUGUCCUCAUGCACCCUCGUUUCUGCCAAUUUUUGGCUAUGGUUUCCUGGGUAUGUGGCUUUACCAACUCAGCACUUCAUUCCCUCUUUAUUUUGUGGGUACCCCUAUGUGGACAUCACCAAGUGGAUCAUUUCUUCUGUGAAGUUCCAGCUCUGCUGCAAAUAGCAUGUGCAGAUAUACAUGCUAAUGAGAUGACCCUCAUGGUCACAAGUUCAAUUUUUGCUCUCAUACCACUCAUCCUCAUUUUCACUUCCUAUGGUGCCAUUGCCCAUGCUGUACUGAGGAUGAAAUCAACUACUGAAUUUCAGAAAGUUUUUGGGACAUGUGGAGCCCAUCUCAUGGUGGUGUCCCUCUUUUUCAUUCCAGCCUUCUGCAUAUACUUCCAGCCACCCAUGGGAAAUUCCCAAGACCAAAAUAAGUUCAUUGCCCUGUUUUAUACUGUUGUCACACCUAGCCUCAAUCCUUUAAUCUACACCCUCAGAAACAAAGAUGUCAGAGACGCAGUUAAGAGACUAAUGGGACAAGAGUAA